GUUCAUACGACAAUUUAUGGAGUGCUAUACAUAACUCGAUCAAAAAUAAGCACUGUAAGUCUAUGAACUGUUUAAUGAAUAUAACAAAUUAACAGCUUCUGUGAGAUAAUUUGGAUCCAUCAGCAACAAUUUUAAAAAUUGCAAUAUUUCUUAGCCAAAGUAAUCUCAUAUUUCAUUUUAGAUGGUACAUACCAACAAAAAAGGAGUAGGAUGAAUUACAGUUAUAUUUUUAAAAUGUCAAAAUAUAUUUAACAAGUAGAACAAAAAGAUAGAAAAUUGAAAAGUCUGCUUCUUAAGUCUUGAGAGUAUGUCAAAGCACAGAUAGAAACUAUAGAAAAUCGACUUCAUUUGUUGGGCAAAAAGGAGAUAAUUUUCUUCAAAAUACUACUUUAGGGUAUAUGAAGAAAAUAUCUACUGCUGUAAAUCCUAUUGCAUUCUAAUACACAUUUGAGAGUGAAUCAAAAACUGAAAUUUAAUAGAAAUGA